UGAUGAUCUUUUCUACCAAACAGUUUUGGCAAAACCCUGAGUGAUAGACCUAUAAUGCAGUGACCUGUGACGUUCUAAAUUUGAUUCAAUUCUUACAGUUAAACCAGAGAAUUUCAAGUUCACAGUGAGUAAAUCAACUGUGUGCCAGGGCACUGUGGUCACCUUCAACUGUUCAGCAGAUGGAAAUCCCUCGGUGGAUACCUAUCAGUUGUUGGAGAAUGAUACACUUGUGAGUAAUGGCAGCAACAGUCUUGGAUUGUGGAGCAGGAAUAUGUCAAGUGGAGGGGUGUUCAUUUACAGAUGCAUGGCAAACAACUCUGCAGGAACAGCAUACAGCAUGAGCUUAACUGUUACAGUAACUGUAAAUGUAUCCUCAUCCAUACAAGAAACACUAGAUCAAAAUGUAACUGAACGAAACAACUUGACUCUGACAUGUAUUGUAUCUGAAAUCCCAACACCAGUGGUGUCUUGGAUUAAGCCUGAUGGUCAGAGGAUUAAUGGAAGUGUGUUGGAGCUUUUAAAAGUUAGCAGGAAUCAGAGUGGGACAUACUGGUGUGAAGCCAGUAAUGACUGUGGCAAUGCAACAGAGAUGGCAAGCAUUGAUGUGCAAUACAAACCAGAGAAUGUCCAGCUAAUGAGUUCUGCCACCAACUACAAAGCAUGUAGGGGAGAUGUCAUUAGCUUUAACUGCUCGGCUGAUGCUAAUCCAGCAGUGGUAUCAUACCAGCUGUUUGAGAACGAAACUGCUAUUUUAAACACGAGUGCCACAGGAAUGUGGAGCAAGACUUUGGAAAAUGAAGGAGUGUUUAUCUACAAAUGUGUGGCUCAUAACAAGCUGGGAUCAAUGUACAGUACAAAUGUCAUGCUAACAGUCAAUGUACCUUCUUCAAUUAUCCAAAUAACACAACAUCAGAAUGCUACUGAAGGUGGCAAUGUGACUCUUAUGUGUAAUGUAUCUGGAGUGCCCCCACGAACGUUGUAUUGGAUGAAACCUAAUGGUGACCGUUUUGAGGGAUUGAAGUUGGAAGUUAAAAAUGUUAACAGGAGUGAAGUUGGUGAAUACAAGUGUGAAGCCAGUAAUGAGUGUGGCAAUUCAACUAAGAUGACAAGAAUUGAUGUGCAGCUCAAACCAGAGAAUGUCCUGGUAAUGAGUUCAGCUAUGAAUAACACAGCGUGUAAAGGAAAAGUCAUCAGCUUUAACUGCUCAGCGGAUGCUCAUCCAGCAGUGACAUCAUACCAGCUGUUUGAGAACGAAAUUGCCAUUUUGAACGCAAGUGUUACAGGAAUGUGGAGCAAGUCUUUCGAAAAGGAAGGAGAAUUUGCCUAUAAAUGUGUGGCCAACAACUCAGUCGGAUCAGAAUACAGCAUGAGCGUUACUAUCACCGUGAAUGUACCUUCUUCAAUUAUCCAAAUAACACAACAUCAGAAUGUAACUGAAGGUGACAAUGUGACUCUCAUGUGUAAUGUAGCUGGAGUCUCCCCACCAAUGGUGUCUUGGAUAACACCUAAUGGUCAACGUGUUAGUAGAAACCCGUUGAAGGUUGAAAACGGUAGCAGGAGUGAAGCUGGUGAAUACAAAUGUGAGGCCAGUAACGAGUGUGGGAAUGCAACGAAGAUGACAAGCGUUGCUGUCCAGUACAAACCAGAGAAUGUGCAAUUAACAUCAUCUGCCAUGGAUUACAAAGCAUGUAAGGGUGCCAUGAUAAGCUUUAACUGUUCAGCUGAUGCUAAUCCAGCAGUGACAUCAUACCAGCUGUUUGAGAACGAAACUGCCAUUUUAAACACAAGUGCCCCAGGUAUGUGGAGCAAGACUUUGGAAAACGACGGAGUGUUCACCUACAAAUGUGUGGCCAAGAACUCUUUAGGAUCAGGAGUCAGUUCAGAUGUAAUGGUGACAGUAAAUGUGCCUUCAACUAUCGAAACAAUGCGAGAUCAGACUGUAACUGAAGGUGAAACUGUAAAUCUGACAUGUACUGCAUCUGGAAUGCGUCAACCAAAAGUGUCCUGGAUUAAGCCCAAUGGUGAAAGUGUUGCUGAAAAUGUGUUGGAACUUGUGAACAUCACCAGGAAUGAAGUUGGUGAAUACACAUGUGAAGCCAGUAAUGAGUGUGGCAAUGCAACAGUGAUGGCAAACAUUGAUGUGCAUUACAAACCAGAGAAUGUGCAAUUGACAACUUCUGUGGUGAACAGCACGGCAUGUCAGGGUGAUACUAUCACCUUUAACUGCUCAGCUGAUGCUAAGCCAGCGGUGACGUCAUACCAGUUGUAUAAGAAUGACACUGUUAUGUAUGCCAGCCUUUCAGAAAUGUGGAAGGAGACAUUAAGAAGUGGAGGAGUGUUUGUCUAUAAAUGUAGGGCUAAUAACACUGUGGUAUCAGCAUAUAGUAAGGAUGCUACGUUCACUGUGAAUGUGCCUUCAUCCAUACAACCAAUGCAAAACAAGACAGUGACUGAAGGUGACAAUGUGACUCUGAUGUGUAACGUAUCUGGGUUGCCUUCACCAACGGUGUCUUGGUUGAGACCUAAUGAUCAGCGUCGUAGUGAAUAUAUGUUGGAGCUUGUAAACAUUAGCAGGAAUGAAGCUGGUGAAUACAAAUGUGAAGCCAGUAAUGAGUGUGGUAAUGCAACAGAGAUGGCAACAAUUGAUGUUCAGUUUCCUUCCUCAAUUAUCCAAAUAACACAACAUCAGAAUGUAACUGAAGGUGACAAUGUGACUCUUAUGUGUAAUGUAUCUGGAGUUCCCCCACCAACGGUGUAUUGGAUGAAACCUAAUGGUGAAAGUGUUAGUGGAUACAACUUGGAGGUUAAAAACAUCAGCAGGAGUGAAGCUGGUAAAUACAAAUGUGAAGCCAGUAAUGAGUUUGGCAAUGCAACAAAGAUGACAAGCGUUGGUGUGCAGUACACACCAGAGAAUGUGCAAUUUACAUCAUCUGCUAUGGAUAACAAAGCAUGUAAGGAUGACAUUAUUAGCUUUAACUGCUCAGCUGAUGCUAAUCCAUUGGUGACAUCAUACCAGCUGCUCGAGAAUGGCACUGCUGAUUUAGACGUAAACCGUUUAGGGAUGUGGAAAAAAAACGUGUCAACGGGCGGAGUGUUCAUGUACAAAUGUGUGGCCAACAACUCCUUAGGAUCAGGAGUCAGCUCAUAUGUUAUGGUGACAGUGAAUGUGCCUUCAACUAUCGAAACAAUUCAAGAUCAGAAUAUAACUGAAGGUGAAACUAUAAAUCUGACAUGUGCUGCAUCUGGAAUGCCUCAGCCAAACGUGUUUUGGAUUAAGCCCAAUAAUCAAAGUGUUGCUGGAAAUGUGUUGAAGCUUGUGAACAUUAGCAGGAAUGAAGCUAGUCAAUACAAAUGUGAAGCCAGUAAUGAAUGUGGCAAUGCAGCAGCGAUGGCAAGCAUUGAUGUGCAUUACACACCAGAGAAUGUGCAAUUUACAACAUCUGCCAUGGAUAACAAAGCAUGUACGGGUGACAUGAUUAGCUUUAACUGCUCAGCCGAUGCUAAUCCAGCGGUGACAUCAUACCAGCUGUUUGAGAACGACACUGCUAUCUUAGACGUAACCCGUUUAGGAGUGUGGAAAAGACACGUGUCAAUGGGCGAAGUGUUCAUGUACAAAUGUGUGGCCAACAACUCUUUAGGAUCAGGAGUCAGCUCAGAUGUUAUGGUGACAGUGAAUGUGCCUUCAACUAUCGAAACAAUUCAAGAUCAGAAUGUAACUGAAGGUGAAACUGUAGAUCUGACAUGUGCUGCAUCUGGAAUGCCUCAGCCAAACGUGUCUUGGAUUAAGCCCAAUAAUCAAAGUGUUGCUGGAAAUGUGUUGAAGCUCGAGAACAUUAGCAGGAAUGAAGCUGGUCAAUACAAAUGUGAAGCCAGUAAUGAAUGUGGUAAUGCAACAGCGAUGGCAAGCAUUGAUGUGCAUUGUAAGUAAUUGCCUACAAAGGGAAUUUAUGUAUUUUGCAUACCUGUCAGUGUUUUCAUUUUCA